AUGUUAUUGGAAUUAAGACGGCCUGAUGCAUGCAAGAAAAUAAAAUAUCCCGAACACCUGCCUUCAGUAAGCAUUGUGAUCACAUUUAGGGACGAACCUAUAUCAUGCUUGCUAAGAACAAUUUAUAGCGUGCUCGAAACGUCUCCUGAUAAACUCAUACACGAUAUCAUCCUAGUUGACGAUGGAUCUGUGGAUGAAAAAUUGAAACUUGCUGUUAAUAUACACGUUUCAAAUGUGCAAAAACUUAAACUUAUUGUAGUUGAACGUCCAUUAGGUUUGAUGAUAGCUAGAACAAAAGGAAUCGAGCAAACUGUGUCUGAUUUCUUCAUUGUUCUUGAUGGACAUAUAGAAGUAACACCGGGAUGGUUAGAACCCAUAAUUUAUAGACUUGUUCAGCAACCCAAUGUUUUACUGACUUCUCAUGUUGGGGAGAUUGGUCGGGAUAUCUUUGAAUUUAUAUUAGAUGAUCAGUAUAAACUGUUUUGUGCGUUUGACCCUAUCACAAUAAUUGAGGAAUGGUUGACAUAUUCUCGGGCAUUUCGGGACAUAAGAAAUGGGUGUGUGGAACCAAUUGAGUAUGGUACUAUUCCUGGUAUGAUGACUGCCAUGAGAAAAGAGUACUUCUACAAACUUGGAGGAUUUGAUACCGGUAUGGAAGUCUGGGGUUUUGAACACAUAGAGCUAUCUGUAAAAUUAUGGCUUUAUGGCGGACGUGUUGAAAUGAUACCUUGCUCUAAAAUAGGUCACUUGUACAGAGAUAUUCCCUGGCAAAACAUGUACCCCGAUUUUGAUUAUAAAAAGAAAAAUAAGCUCAGAUUUAUUCUUAUUUGA